AUGCCUAGGGAUUUGUCGCGUUCGAGGUCGCGGUCGCCUUCAUAUAGGCGAAGGCGUUCGCGGUCUUCUUCCUAUAGGCGAAGGCGUUCUCCGUCGCCUGUGGUGAGUAGGUAUAGCAGGAGGAGUCGAAGGGACAGGAGCCGUUCUCCAUAUUCUUAUAGCAGAUGGAGAAGUCGCUCUAUUUCCCCUCGCCGGCACAAAAGCCGUACUCCAACUCCAAGACGCCGUAAAAGUCGUUCUCCAACUCCAAGGCGUACUAAAAGGCAAAGAAGUAGGAGUUCCUCAUUGUCUCCUACUCGUAAAUCUUCUAGUCCAAGUCUCGGGUCAAUGGAGCGCAAAAUUAUCAGUGAAAAAAUGAGAAAAGAAGAAGAAGAGAAGAAGAGGCGCCAGCAGGAAGCAGAAUUAAAACUAAUAGAAGAAGAGACAGCAAAGAGGGUGGAAGAAGCUAUUCAGAAGAAAGUUGAAAAUAGCUUGAACUCUGAGGAGAUUAAGUUGGAGAUACAGAGGUGUUUAGAAGAGGGGCGGAAAAGACUUAUUGAUGAAGUUGCCAAACAACUUGAGAAAGAGAAAGAAGUUGCUCUUAUAAAUGCUAGGCAAAAGGAGGAACAAGCUCGAAAAGAGAGAGAAGAGCUGGAAAGGAUGCUUGAAGAGAAUCGGAGAAGGAUCGAAGAAUCUCAAAGAAAAGAAGCUUUGGAGCAGCAGCGGAGAGAGGAGGAACGGUAUCGAGAACUAGAAGAGCUACAAAGACAAAAAGAAGAAGCAAUGAGGAGGAAGAAGCAACAAGAGGAGGAAGAACGUGUAAACCAGAUGAAAUUGUUGGGUAAGAACAAAUCUAGGCCUAAGUUGUCAUUUGCACUUGGCUCGAAGUGA